AUGACUGGAUCUGGGACCACAUUUUCAAAAGGUAUGGAAAGAUAUUAUAAAAGAAUUGAUCAAAAUUUAUCACAUCCUCCGGCACCGAAAGUAGAUAUUGAUUGCAGUACAAAAAGCCAUUGCAGUACAAAGAGACAUUGCAUCUCAAUUGAUAUGAGUGAUCUUCCUACUGAUCCUGGACUGCGAAUUCCAAUUUCAGAUUAUAGCCUGAAUAUUCAAGAUCAAAUUCGAAGACAUUAUUUGCAGCAAGGGCCUUGUCAACCAAAAAAUCAUAAAUUUCUUCCGAAACUUUUUGGAGGCGUGGAGCGUCGGUUCAACAUUGAAUGGUAUGAUCAAUUUCCUACUUGGUUAGAGUAUAACAUCGAUAAAAAUUCCGCAUUUUGUCUAUAUUGUUAUCUUUUUAAGCAAAAUAAUGGAAAACAAGGUGGUGGUGAGAUAUUUGUUAGUAAGGGUUUUUCAAAUUGGAAGAAAACAGAAACAUUUGCAAAUCAUGUUGGAAAACAUGAUAGUUCUCAUUACGAAUGUUACAAGAAAUGUGAAGCCUUGAUGAAUGAAAAACAACAAAUUCAACACAUUUUUGUCAAGAAAAACGACAAAGAUCGAAAAAGUUACCGUGUUCGAUUAACUGCAUCAGUUGACAGUAUUCGAUUUCUUCUACGACAAGGUCUUGCAUUUCGUGGUCAUGAUGAGUCUGAAGAUUCUAAUAAUCAAGGUAACUUUCUUGAACUUCUAAAUUUUUUGGCUGAUCGUAAUGAGGAAGUUAGAGCUGUUGCUUUGAAAAAUGCUCCUGAAAACCUUAGAUUGACUUCCCCAAGGAUUCAGAAAGACAUUGUAAAUGCAUGUGCUAUUGAAACAAUUGAUGUUAUUAUUAAAGACAUGGGAGAUGUUGUAUUUUCUAUUUUAGUUGAUGAAUCUCGUGAUGUAUCUAUAAAGGAGCAAAUGGUUGUAAUGUUUCGUUAUGUGGACAAGAGAGGGUAUGUGAUUGAACGAUUCAUAGGCAUUGAACAUGUUCCAAAUACAACAGCAAUCUCACUAAAAAUAGCAAUUGAUAAGCUAUUUUCAAAGCAUGGGUUGAGCAUAUCUAGACUACGGGGUCAGGGAUAUGAUGGAGCUAGUAACAUGAGUGGAGAAUUCAAUGGUUUGAAGAGUAUUAUCAUGAAGGAGAAUGAAUGUACUUUUUUUGUUCACUGUUUUGCUCAUCAGCUUCAAUUAGCACUCAUGGGUGUAGUCAAAAAACAUGAUUUAAUAGGUACUUUUCUCACUGUGGUAUCCAAUGUGGUGAAUAUUGUUGGAGCAUCAUCUAAGGGUCGUGACAUUCUUCGAGAAAAACAAGCUCCAAAAGUCAUUGAAGCCUUAAAAAGUGGACAACUUUCAAGUGGAAAAGGCUUAAAUCAAGAAAAUGGGAUUAAGCGUCCAUGUGAUACACGAUGGGGAUCACACUUUGGCACUUUGGUAAGCUUCACUAUCAUGUUUUCAUCUAUCCUUGAUAUACUUGAGGAAAUUACAAAUGAUAGUUUGAAUAGUGACCAAAAAUAUGAAGCAUUUAUUAUGUUACAAGUGGUGCAAUCAUAUGACUUUGUGUUUAGUUUGCAUUUGGUAAAAAAUAUACUUGGAAUCACAAAUGAGUUGUCACAAGUCUUACAAAAAGGUGAUCAAGAUAUUGUGAAUGCCAUGGAUUUAGUUAAAGUAUGCAAUGAGCAAUUACAAAUAAUGAGAGAUAAUGGAUGA